AUGGUUCUCUGGGAGAUCGCUGGUACGUACUCUGGGAGAUCGCUGGUACGUGCUCUGGGAGAUCGCUGGUACGUGCUCUGGGAGAUCGCUGAGCAGCGUGACGCGGAUCAAAGCCUCUGUGGAGCAGCGUUCACAGCUGGAGAUCUGGAGAUUCAGUUAUGGCAGAAGUCGACGUGCCAAUAUGCAUGGGCAGCCGGGUUAAAGCUGGGAGUGGGGGAGUUGUUUUGGGUAGUUGUGGUGGGGGGUUUGAGUGGGGGUAUGGGGGGGGGGGAGGGGGGUUGUAAUAGGGGUUUGUUGAGGGUGGAUGAUGGGGGUUUGGGGGUGGUGGGGUGUGGUUUGGGGUUUGUUGGGAUUGGAGGGGGGGGGGGGGUGGGGGGAUUGGUGGGGUGGGUUGAGUAUAGGUGGGGAGUUGAGUGGGUGAUGUUUGUGUGGUUGGAAGAGUUGUUGAGGUUUUUGGGGUUGGUGUGGUGGGGUUGGGUGGUUGAGUUGGUGAUGUUUUUGGUUUGUAUGUAUUGUUUUGGGUGUUGGUUGGGUAUGUUGGUUGGUGGGGGGGGGGGUGGUGGGGUGUUGGGGGGUUGGGGGGUGGGUGGGGUGGGGGGGUUUUGUGGUGGGGUGGGGGGGUGGGGGUUGUGUGUUUGUGGGGGGAGGUGUGGGUGUGGGGGGGGGGUGGUUUGGUGGUGUGGUGUUUGUGUGUGGGGGUUGUUGUGGUUGUGUGGGGGUUUGGGGGGGGGGUGGGGUUGGUGUUUUGGGGGGGGUGGGUUGGUUUUUUGGUGGGGUUGGGGUUGGGUUUUGGGUGUUUGUGGUUGGGUUUGUGUUGGGGUGGGUGGGGGUGUGUUUUUGGGGGUGGGUUGGUGGGUUGUGGUUGUGGUUGUGGUGGUGUGGGGGGGGGGUGGUGGGGGUGUGGGGUUUUGGUUGUGGGUGGGUGUGGUGGGGGGGUUGGGGGGGGUGUGGGGGGUUGUGUUGUGGGGGGUGUUUGUGGUGUGGGGUGGGUUGGGGGGUGGGGGGUGGUUGGUUGGGGGGUUGGGUGGGUGUGUGUUGGUGGGGGUUGGGUGGGGUGUUUGUUGGGGUGUGGGGGGGGUGGUGGUUGGUUGGGGUUGUGUGUUGUGGGUGUGGGGUGUGGGGGGGGGGUGGGGGGGGGGGUUGGGUGGGGUGGUGGUGUGGGUGGGGUUUGGGGGGUGGUUUUGUGGGUGGGGGGGGUGGGGUUGUGUGGUUUUGUUGGUGGGGUGGUGGGGGGGGGGGGGGGUGGUGUUUGUGUGGUGGUGGGGGUGGGGGUUGUGGUUGGGGGGGGGGGUGGGGGGUGGGGGGUGGUGGGGGGGGGUGGGGGGGGGGUGGGGGGGGGUUUGGGGUGGUGGGUGUGGGGUGGGGGGGGUGGGGGGGGGGGGGGUGGGGGUUGUGGGGGGGGGGGGGUUUGGGUGGGGGGGUGGUGGGGGGGGGGGUUGGUGGUGGGGUGUGGGGUUUGGUUGGGUGUGGUUUGUGUGGGGGGGUGGGGUGUGGGUGUGGGGGUUGGUGGGGGGUGGGGGGGGGGGGGUGGGUGGGGUGUGGGGGGGGGUGGGGUGGGGGGGUGGGGGGGGUGGGUGGUGGGGUUUGGGGUGGGGUGGGUGGUGUUUGUUGUGUGUUGGGUGGUGUUGGGGGUGUGGGUGGUUUGGGUGGGUUGUUGUGGUGGUUGGUGUUGGUUGUUGUGUUGGGUGUUGUGGGGUUGGUGUGGUGGGGGGUUUGGGGGGGGUGUUUGGGUGGGGUUGUUGGGGUGUGGGGGGGGUGGGGGGUGGGGUUGUGUUUGGUGUGUGUGUGUUGUUGGUUUUGGUUGGGUUGGUGGGGGUGUGGGGGUUGUGUUGGGGGGGGGGGGUUUUGGUGGGUUGGUGUUGUGUGGGGGGGGGGGGUGGUGGUUGUUGUGGGGGGGGGUGGGGGGUGGGGUGGUUUUGGGGGUGUUGUGUGGGGGGUUUGGGGUGGGUGGGGGGGGGGUGGGGGUGGGGGGUGGGUGUGUUGGGGUGUGGGGUUUUGGUGUGGGUGUUUGUGGUGGGUUGGGGGUGGUGGGGGGGGGGGGUUGGGGUGGGGUGGUUUGUGUGUGGGGGUGGGGUUGGGGGGUGGGGUGUGGGUGUUGGGGGGGUGGGGGUGGGUUUUUUGGUGGUGGGGGGGUGUGGUGGGGUGGGGUGUGGUGUUGGGGGUGUUGUGGGGGUGUGGUGGGUGGUUUGUUUGGGGGGGGGGGGGGGUGGGUGGAGGGGGGGGGGGGGUGUUUGGGUUGUUGGUUGUGUGGGGGUGUGUGGGGGUGGGGGUGGGGUGUGUGUGUGUGUGUUGUUGUUGGGGUUGGUGUGUUUGUUGUGGUGGUUUUUGUUGUGUGGUUGUUGGUGGUGUUGGGUUUGGGGGGGGUGGGGUGGGUUGUGGGUGGUUGUGUGGGUGGUUUGUGGGUUUGUGGUGUGGGGGGGGGGGGUGGGGGGGGGUGGUGGGGGGGUGGGUGGUUUUUUGGGGGGGGGUGGGUGGGGGGUGGGGUGGUUGGUGGGGGUGGUGGUUGUUUUUGUUGGUGGUGGGGGUGGUUGGUUGUGGGUGUGGGGGGUGUGGGGGGUGGGAUUGUUGGGGGGUGGUGGUGUGGGUGGGUGUGGGGUUGGUGUGUUGGGUUGUGGGGGGGGUGUGGUUGGGUGGUUGGGGGUUUUGUGGGGGUGGGGUGGGGGGGUGUGUGGUUGGGUUUGGUGGUGGUGGGGUGGGUGGUUUGGGGGGGGGGUUGGGGGUGGUUUGUUUGUUUGGGGGUUGGGGUGGGGGGGGUGGUUUUGGGGGGGGGGUGUGGAAGGUGUGUGUGGAGAGAGUGGGUGGGAAGUGUGGGGUGGUGUGGGGUUGUUGGGUGGUUGGUGUUGGGGGGUGGGGGUGGGGGGGUGUGGGUGUGGUGUUGGUGGGUGGGGUGGGGGGGGGGUGGUGGGUUGGGGGUGGUUUGUGUUGGUUUUGGGGUGGGGGUGGGUUGGGGGUUUGGGGGUGUGUGGGUGGGGGGUGGUUGGGGUGGGUUGGGUUUUUGGUGGGUGGGUGGGGGGUGGGGUGUGUGUUGUGUUGGGGUGGUUUGGUGGGGUUUGGGGGGGGGGGGGGGGGUGUUGGGGGGUGGGUUGUUGUGUGGGGUGUGGGGGUUGUUUGUGGGGGUUUGUGGGGGUGUUGUGGUGGUGUUUUGUGGGUUGGGGGUGGGGGGGGGGGGGGGGGUGUUGGGUGGGUGGGGGGUUGGUGUGGUUGGUGGGGGGGGUUGGGGGGGGGUGGGUUGGGGGGGGGUGGGGGGGUUGGGGUUGGUGUUUGUGUGGGGGGGGGGGGUGUUGGGUUGUGGUGUGUUGUGUUGGGUUGGUUUUUUGGUGGUUUGUUGUGUGUGUUGGUGUGGGGGUUGUUGUGGGGUGUGUGUUGUGGUUUGGGGUGGGGUUGGGGGGGGGGGGGGGGGGUUGUGGGGGGGGUGGGGUGGUGGUGGUGGUGGGUGUGGUGGGUUUGUUGGGGUUGGUGUGUGGGGUGGGUUGGGGUUGGUGGGUGGGGGUUGGGGGGUGGUUUGGUGGGGUGUGGGUUGGGGUUUGGGGGGUUGUGUUGGGUGGGGGGGGGGGGGUGGGGGGGGUUUGGGGGGUGGGGUGUUGGUGGUGUGGGGGGGGGGGGGGUGGGGUGGUGGGGGUGUGGGUGGGUGGGUGGGGGUGGUGGGUGGUGUGGGGGUGGUGGGGGGUGGGGGUUGGGGGUGUGGGUGGGGUUGGUGGUGUUGGGGUUGUGGUGGUGUUGGGGUUUGGGUGGGGUUGGGUGUGUGGGUGGUGGGGUGGGGGUGUGGUGGGGGUUUUGUGGUUGUUGGGUUUUGGGGGUGGGUGGGGUGGGGGUUGGUGGGGUGGUGGUUUGAUGGUUGUGUUGGGGGGGGGGGUUUGGUUGUGUUGUGUGUGGUGGGUGGGUGGGGGGUGUGGGGUGUGGGGGGGGGGGUGGGUGGGGUGGGGGUGGGGGUGGUGGUUUUGGUGGGGGGUUGGGUUGGGUUUGGGUGGGGUGGGUGGUGUUGUGUGUUGGUGUUUGGUUGGGUUGGGGUUGGUGGGGUGGGGGUGGGGGUUGGUUGGGGUGGUGGGUUUGGGGUUUGUUGGGGUGGUGGUGUGGGGGGUGGGGGGUUGUGGGGGGUGUGUGGUGGGGUGUGGUGGGUGGGGGUUGUGGGUUUGUGGUGGGGUGGGUGUGUUGUUUGGGGGGGGGUUGUGUUGUGGGGUGGGUGUUGGUUGUGGGGUUGUUUGUUGGGGUGUUGUUAUGUGGUGGGGUUUGGGGGGGUGGGGUUGGUGUUGUGGUGGUUGGUUGGGGGGGGUGGUGUUGGUGGGUGGGUGGGGGGGGUGUGGUGUGUGGGGUGGGGUUGGGGGGGUUUGGGUGGGGUGGGUGGUUGGUUGGGGGUGGUGUUGUGUGGUGGGUGGUGGGGGUGGGGGGGGUGUUGUGGGGGGGGGGGGGGGGGGUGUUUGUUGUUUGUGUUGGGUGUGGGGUGUUGGGGGGGUGUGGGGGGGGGUGGGGGGGGGGGUGUUUUGUGGGGGGGUUGGGGGUGUGUUGGUGGUUUUUGUGGGGGUGGGGUGGGGGGGGGGUUUGGUUUUUGGGUUGUGGUGUGUGGGGGGGGGGGGUGGGGUGGUGGUUGUGGUGGGGGGGUUGUUGGUGGGGUGGGUGGUGUGUGGUGUUGUGGGUUGGGGGUGUGGUGGGUGGGGUGUGUGUGGGUGGUUUGUUUGGGGGUGGGGUGUGUGGGGGGUUUGUUGGUGGGGGUGUGUGUUUUUGGGUGGUGUGGGGUGGGGGGGGUGUGGGGGGGGUGGGGGUUGGGUGGGGGGGUGGGGGGUGGGUGUGGUGUGGUUGGGUGUGUGUGGGGUUUUUGGUGUGUUGGGGGGGUGGUGUGGGGGGGGGGGUUGGUGUGUUUGUGUUUUGGUGGGGGGGGGUUGGGGGGGUGGGGGUGGGGGGGGGGGUGGGGGGGUUGUGGGGGUUGGUUUGGGGUUGUGGUGUGGGGGGGGUGUGUUGGGGGGGGUGUGGUUGUUGGGUGUUUUGUUUUGUUGUGGGGUUGUGGUUGGGGUGGUGUGGUGUGGGUUGGUGUGGGGGUGUGUUGGGUGUGUGGUUAGGGUGUUGUGGUUGUUUGUGGUUGGUUGGGGUGGGGGGGGGGGGUGGUUGGGGGUGGGUUUGUGGUGGGGUUUUGGGUGGGGGUUGGUGGGUUGGGGGGGUUGUUGGGGGGGUGUUUUUGGGUGGGGGGUUGGGGUUGGGGGGUGUGGUGUGGGGGGGGUGUGGUGUGGUGGUGGGGGGUUGGUGGGUUGGGUUGGGUUGUGGUUUGGGUGGGUGGGGGGGUUUUGGGGGGUGGGUGUGGUUGUGGGGGGGGGGGGUGGGGUGGGGGUGUGGUGGGGUUUUGGUGGUGGGUGUGUGUGGUGGGUGGGGGUGGGGGUGUUGGGUUUUGGGUGGGGGUGUGGGUGGGUGUUGUGGGUUGGGGGGUGGGUGGGGGGGUGUGAUUGUGGGGGUGGGUGUGGUGGUGUUGUGGUGGGGUGGUGGGGGUGUUUGUGGUGUUGGGGGGGGGUUGUGUGUUUGUGGGGGGGGGGGGUGUUGGGGGGGGGUGGGGGUGGUGGGGGUGGGGGGGGGGGUGUGGGGGGGGUGUGUGUUGGGGUGUGGGUGUGGGGGGUGGGUGGUGGUGUUGGGUGGGGGUGUGUUGGUGGGGGUGGGUGUGGGGGGGUGUGGGGGGGUGUUGUUGGGGGGGUGGGGUGUGGUGGGUGGGUUGGGGGUGGGGGGGGUGUGGGUUUGGUGUGGGUUGUGGGUGGGGGGGUUGGUGUGGGUGUGUUGUUUUGUUGUUGGUGGGGUGUGUGGUUGGGGGGGGUGUUGGGGGGGUUGUGGGUGGGGGGGGGGGUUGGGGGGGGGGGUGGGGGGGGGUGGGGGGGUGUUUGGGGUGGGGUGGUGUGUGUGAGUGAGUGUGGGGGUGGGGUUGUGGGUUUGGGGGUUUGGGGGGGGUGUUGGGGUGUUGUGGUUUGGGGGUGUUUUUGUUUGUGGUGGGGGGGGUGGGGGGGGUGGGGGGGGGUUUGGGGGGGGGUUGGGGUGGGGGGUGGUGGUUUGGUGGGGGUGGGGGGUGUGGUUGUGGGGGGGUGUGUGUGUGGGGUGUUUUGUUGUUUGGUGGGGGGGGGGUGUGGGGGGUGUGGGGUGGGGUGUUGGGGUGGGGGGGGUGGGGGUUUUUUUUGGGGUUUUGUGGGUGGUUGGGGGGGGGUGUGGUUGUGGGGGGGGGGGGUUGUGGUGGGGUGGGGGGGGUUGGUGUGGUUGGUGUUUGGGGGUGGUUGGGGGGGGGUGUGGGUGGGGUUGGUUUUUUUGGUGGGUGGGGUUUGUGGGGGGGGUGGGGUGUUGUUUGUGGGGGUGGGGGGGUGGUUGUUGGGGGGGGGUGGGUGGUGGGGGGGGGGGGGUGUUGUGGGGGUUGUUUGUGGGGGGGGUGGGUUGUGUUUUGGGGUGGUGGGGGUUGGUGGGUGGGGGGUUUGGGGGUGUUGGGGUGUGGGGUGGUGGUAUUGGGGGGGUUGUGUGGUGUGGGUUGUGGUGUGGGUUGUUGUGGUGUGUGGGGUGGGUGGUGUGUGGGUGGGGGGGGGGGGGUUGGUGGUUGGGUGGGUGGUGGGUGGGGUGGGUUGUGUUUGUGUGGGGGGGGGUGGUUGGGGUUGGUGGGUUUUGUGUUGUUUGGGGGUGGUGGUGUGGUGGUGGGGGUUGGGGGGGGGGUUGUGUUGGGGGGGGGGGUUGGGGUAUGGGGGUGGGGUGUGUGUGUGGGUAGAGUGUGGGUGGGUAGGGUGGGGUGUGGGGGGGGGGUGUUUUGGGAGAUUGGGUGAUAGUUAG